UUCGGUGAUUUGCUGCAUUUGUGAAGAGAUGGACUUGAAAAAUAAAGUCGCGCUCGUGACUGGUGCUGCCACCGGUCUUGGAAGGGCGUUCAGUGAAGAAUUGCUAAAGCAUGGUGCAAAGGUUGUUGUAUGUGACUUGGACUCCGAUGCCGGCGAAUUGACUGUGGAGGAGCUGGAAAAACAAUACGGUGAACGGGUGUUAUUUUGUCACUGCGAUGUUACCGAUUAUGUACAGUUCGAAGAGGCUUUCGAGUAUACUGUAUGCAUGUUCAAGGAAGUCAACAUUGUGAUAAACAACGCAGAAAUCAUGAACGAUAACUUCUGGGAGCUCGAGGUCGAUGUAAAUCUGAACGGGGCCAUCCGGGGCACACUGCUUGCUCAAAAGUUUAUGGACAAAAGUAAAGGCAGAGGGGGCGGUGUGCUGGUCAACAUUGGAUCCGGAGUCAGCGUAAAGCCUCAGCUAUCUACACCAAUUUACACCGCAACGAAGCAUGCAAUUCUUGGCCUGACCAAAGCAUGUGGGGAUCCAUUCCAUUACGCUAACACCAAUGUCCGAGCGUUUGCAUACUGUCCAGGACCGAUAGAGAACUCCUCAUCGCACAACAAACGUUUUAUGUCGCCAGCAUAUGAAAAAGCCAAAGAGUUGGACAUGAACGGUGUGCAGUUGCAAAGAAUGGAACAUGUGGCCAAAGAAUUGAUUCCGCUGCUGAAAAAUGCACCUACUGGGUCCAUAUGGCUCGUUUCAGGAGGCAAAGCGGCAAAAGAGAUUCCUUACAAUAGCGUUUAAACCAUCAUCCUACCCCGUACAUACAUUCUUCAAACUAGCGCUUUCGACUCGUAUCAUAUUAAAAUGA